AUGGCGGCGGCGGCCGCUCCCGUGCCCCCGGUCUUGUGCAAGCGGGGGCAGCAGCAGCUAGUGCUUGUCCACACCACCAGGCCCCCCCUGCCCCUGCGCCUCAUGCGCCGCGCCGUCUCCGUCCGGGUCGCGCCGCCCCGUCAGCAGCAGCAGCAGCAACACCGCGCCCGCCCACGGCCCCCUCCCAGGAAUAAGCCCCCCGGACCCGCGCGCCGUCCGCCCAGGGUCCCUCUGGACCAAGAUGAUUAUGAAUACGACGACGGCGGUGGCUAUGACGACCGGGAGGAGGGGAGGUUCGCUGGGGGCACCCGGGCCGCCGCCAUGCCCAAGCCACCGGCCGGCUUCGUGCUGGAUGACCAGGGCAGGUGCAUCGCCGCAGCAUCCAAGCGCAUCGUCACCAUCAUCGACGACACCAGCAACCGCCUCUUGGAGUGCAUUAUCCGAAGAGUAUUCAGGAGCUCGCAGGACCACGACUGCUUGCUUCUCUGCCCCGUUGACAUGCCUGUGCAGGUUCUCAAGAGCACAAAUUUCAGUGGCUGGGUAGCAGUCGAUGACGACCAACUCAAGCAAAUCAUUCCAUCUGUUGCCUAUGCCCUUGCCAGAGUACAUAUGCACUUUGUCGAAAGCGGAUUCUGUUAUACAGCAAGGGGUGGCUUCUGCUUUCCAGAAGAGGCCAUUCAAGAGUUUCAUGAUUCUGGUGAUGGUGGUGACGGGGUACCUUUUGAAGGUGUAGAGAUUUGUUGCUUCAAUUUGGAUGGUGCACACUAUAUGAUUUAUACACCAGUUGAUCCUCUUCUGUUCGUCGCAGUCAAGGAUAAGGAUGGUGUGCUACGCAUUGCUGAGGAUGAUCUGAUGGAAGACCCUGCAGUUCUGGAUGCGGUGGAUGAAGAGACAGAAUUUACAGCUCUAGUGGAGGAGGAGGAGACCCUUCUUGAAACAGUACUUGGUGAAAGGUGA